CGCGGUCCGAUACGGUUGUGUUGUGAGGGGAUCGUGCGCGCGCAUCAUAACAAAAUGGCCGCCAAAGUAGUGUUGAUUACAGAACAAGACUUGCUCCUCGAAGUUUUGGCAAAAUAUCGUGAUUUACCCGUGUUGUGGGAUAUUACACAUAAACAUUACAAUAAUCGCGAAGUUCGAAAAGAAGCGUACGAAUCAUUGUUAGAGUAUUAUCUUGAAUACGAUAAAACGGCCACAAUACACACAUUAAAAAAGAAAAUAGAGAAUAUGCGAUCAGCAUACAAACGAGAAAGGAAGAAGGUGGAGAACGGUUUAGUUGACGGUCAGCCAUACACACCGACACUUUGGUAUUUUAAUCAUUUGAAGUUUUUGGAUCAGGAUUAUACUAGUUUGGAUUAUGAUAGCGAUACAAACUUAACUUAUGGGCCUGAACCCAAAAGGGCGAAAAGAAGAACACAUGUAGAAACACCGGAGCAAAAGGAUGAUGAUGAUGAUGAGACUGCUGAAGCCUUUGGGAAGUCUAUAACUUGCACGCUUAAAGAGCUCCCAAAGUUACAACGGUGUUUAGCAGAGAAAUUAAUAUCUGAAGUUAUAUUUUACGCCAAAAUGAACGAAUUAAAUAUGGAUUCUAAGAUAUGUUCAAAUUUUAGUGGUGAAAAUUCAGAAUAAAAAGUAGUUAAAUAAGUAUAACAAUCUGAACAAUAUUAUUACAGAAGUUUCAAGUGUAUUUUCAUAAUUUGUGGCUUGGUCUGUUAUGAUUUGUGAUUUUAGUUACACUGAAUUAUUACGAGAAUUUUGGUGUUGAAAAAAUGUUAAAUGCAGCUGUUCCAUUCUAUAAAAUGAUUUGAAUCUUAUUAUUAGCAUUGUAUAUUUUCCCAUUUAUAAAAAUUCCUCAUUUUUUUCAACUUCUUCUAAGUAAAUAUUUCUUUCAUAAAAUAUUUAGGAAUUAUGGGAAAGUUCACAAUGUGCGAAUUUAAUGCAAAACAUGUUGCAAAUGUAUGUGGCAAGAAAUAUAAAUAAAUAAAAUCUCAAUUUUUUAACUCAUAUUUUACUAUGCCAACUGUCGUCGAUUAGAAUUUAAUGAAUGUUACCUACCAAUUUUAAUAUGCAAUGUAAACCAAAUAUAAUUUUCCAGAAAAACCUGAUCAUGUUUUUGUUUGGCAACAUUCAAAUUGUAUGAUGUUAUAUGCUUCGGACAGCGCCAUCUAGCGGUACGAAGUAACAAACUAAACCAUUAUUUUAUUUGGUUGUUCUUUUAUUUACGGAACUAUUUAAAAGAACUCUUUUUGAAACAUAAAUACCGAUUGUAUGAAAAUUAUUAUUGAAAUGUAUGUAUGAAAAUAUAUAUUGAAAGAAAGACCAAGAGAUUCCCUGUGAUCUGUGAUAUUAUUUUUAAGUCAACUUCAAAUCUGUUUACUUAGUGGUCAAGCACGAACUUGUAAAACAUAGGUACCUAAGAAUUCCUUAUAUAGAUGGUACUUAAAUUUUGUUGUCUCCAUUUUAUAACUGUACUCUAAGUAGGUACUUAGAGCUAUUCGGUAGGU